GUGAAAGUUUCCCCCAAUCCGAAUUCAUUUCGUUCGGACAAGGGGAGACUUUAAUGGAUUUUUUAUGUGGGACCCGCUAGGAUGGACGUGGUAGAUGAAACAGAAGCGUUACAGAGAUUUUUUGAGGGUGUUUUCAUCUCAAGGACUUCAACAUGCUUUGGCUACGUGCAGGUCAUGAUAUUACCAGUUCUCUGGAGCCAGCCAACAUCGACACCAGUAUCCUGGAAGAGUACAUCAGCAAGGAGGACGAUAGCACUGACAUCUGUUUCUCAGAGGUCCACAGCACCCCAGGACCAAAUUACUCAUCUCCCCAGGCAGGAGUGUCCUCCUCCGGAGGGUUAGUGUGUGGUGUAAGCCCCCCUAUUCCACUGCGCCAAGGAGCCCCUCCACCCGGGCCCCCUAGCUGUCAGAACGCCUACCCCCCAGGUCCAUCCCUGGGCCUCCGACACAGCUACCCCUGCCUGGGACAACAACAGCAGCAGCACCAACACCAGCAGCAGCAGCAGCAGCAGCAGGGUCACAUCAAACCUGAACACAGGGGCCAUUACGCUCCAGGGACACUACCUGAGUCCCCUCCAGACUCCAGCUCUGAGCCGUACUCUCCUCAGCAAGUGAAUGAUCCUCACAUGAUCAGGACCAUGACACCAGAGAACAUGUGUCACAUGACUCCAACGCCACCCCUCCCGCCGCACGGCCACUAUCCCAGCAUGCAUCGGGACAUGUACCUGAAGCCAGAGCCCAUGAUAUCGCAGUAUCCUAUUGGUCCAGCCACGAGUGGAAGCGGAGACAUGCAGCAGACGCAGAUGCUCCAUCAGUUACUGCAGCAUCCUCAGGGCCAAGAUAUGUGUGUUUCUGUUUCCUCUCACAGCAGCAUCCCAGUUCAUCAGGCUAAGAAGAGGAAGCACUCUGACUCUCCUAACAGCACCCUGAAUUCCCAAAUCCUCACAGGUAUCAUCAAACAAGAACCAGGUUUAAUGCAGGAUGCAGACAACGCCUACCUGGACCCAAAUUAUCAGUGCAUUAAGUGGCAGCCUCAUCAGCAGAACAAGUGGACUCCACUAUAUGAUGCCAACUGCAAAGAGCUUCCAAUGCCAACCUACCGCGUUGACGCUGACAAAGGUUUCAACUUCUCCUUGGCUGACGAUGCUUUUGUGUGCCAGAAGAAGAACCACUUCCAGGUCACAGUAUACAUCGGCAUGCUCGGAGAUCCUAAAUACAUCAAGACAAGUGAUGGACUGCAGCCAAUUGAUUGCUUCUAUCUCAAGCUCAAUGGUGUAAAGGUGGAAGCGAUGAAUCAGUCCAUCAGUGUGGAGCAGUCACAGUCUGACCGCAGCAAGAGGCCCUUCAAGCCAGUGCUCGUCACUUUGCCCCCAGAGCAGGUCACGAAGGUCACAGUGGGGCGGCUCCACUUCAGCGAGACCACAGCAAAUAACAUGAGGAAGAAGGGAAAACCGAAUCCUGAUCAGAGGUAUUUCAUGCUGGUGGUGGCGCUGCACGCUCAGUCCCACAGUCAGAGCUACACUGUGGCUGCUCAAGUGUCUGAGAGGAUCAUCGUCAGGGUAACGUCUGGCCAUGCAUCCAACCCGGGCCAAUUUGAAAGUGACAACGAGGUGUUGUGGCAGCGCGGCCAACUGCCAGACUCAGUCUACCACCACGGCAGAGUCGGGAUUAAUACGGACCGACCCGACGAGGCCCUUGUUGUCCACGGCAACCUGAAGGUCAUGGGAUCUCUGGUCCACCCGUCUGACAUCAGGGCCAAAGAAAAUGUCCAGGAGGUCGACACCACAGACAAUUUAAAACGGAUUUCUCAGAUGAGGCUGGUCCAUUAUCAAUACAAGCCUGAGUUUGCUGCCACCGUGGGCAUAGAGAACACUGCAGAGACCGGAGUGAUUGCACAAGAAGUUCAACAAAUCCUGCCUGAAGCAGUGAAGGAGGGGGGUGACGUGGUGUGUGCCAACGGAGAAACUAUCCCCAACUUGUUAGUUGUCAACAAGGAGCGUAUCUUUAUGGAGAACGUCGGAGCAGUGAAGGAGCUGUGUAAGCUGACAGACAACCUGGAGACUCGUAUUGACGAACUGGAGCGUUGGAGCCGCAAACUGGCCAAACUGCGUCGUCUUGACAGCAUGAAGAGCACCGUGAGCGGAGGCACUGUCAGCCAAUCAGGAAGCUAUUUUAGCAGGACAGGGAGCGGCCCACUCAAAAAGAAGCCAGUCAAACCUGGGAGCAAGAGCCCGCUUCCAGAUCAGGGCUGCAUCAGUCAGAAGUUCAUGCAGGGAACCAUCCUGGCACUGGUCAUUGUCAUGGCCUUCAGUGUCAUUUCCAUGUCCGUCCUCUAUGUCCUCACUCUUCACCAUAGAGGAGAUGUCACCGAGAAAGAUGGCUAUCUUCCUUCCUGUGUUCUCUACAUCUCUUGGAUGCCCAUCUUCACUGCCACUGUAACUGUCUGUCCACCUGUCUGCCCAUGGUCAAGUGCUGCACUGGGGUCCUCACGCAAGAGUCCAAAUACUCCAAUGUCAACCACCCCCGAACCAGCUUGCUGUUCUACAACAGCCAUAAACAACCAAUCAGCUACCGUGUUGACAUUGAGUAACAACCAAUCCACACCAGUUUUAGGAAGCCUGGCUCCCACACCAGGCACUAUUAUGAAGAAGGCCAAGUCUAGACCAAUGGAGAAGGAUGGCCACAGUAGAAACCGUCUGAGUCACACCUCAGCACCCAUGUACUUCGCCAAGUCCAAAAGGCCUGCUUCUACAGACCUGGACGGCGUGGGAGCCACCAACCGUCUGCCUGGGGGGCAGCAGCCGGUGCCACGCAGACAACGCAGCCUCCACACAAAGGGAGGAAGGUCAGCUCCCUCUCUCACUAGUGUAUAUAUCGUGGAGACAAACCAAGAAAUCACAGCACAGAGUUGCCCACCAGCAGACAGCUGCAGCUAUACAAUAUCACUUCAUGGAAAAAGAAAUUCCUCCAUCUCACAAAUCACUUUGCACAUGAUGUCUACAAACAGCAUGUGGGUACGACAAUGUGGAACAACCAGGGGACGGUUAUGCCCCAACCACACAGAAACAGAGCUCUAUAGUGGACAGAGGACAUCAACAAAGGGGACUCAUCACCUGUGGUCACUGCCUGUUCUGUCCUUCCAGGACGUCACCUAUCACUUCCGUGUCUCCCAGUCCAGUGAAGUGAGCUGUGCCACCGAUGGAAAACCCUCAUCAUACUCUGACUACCAUUUCAUCAUUCAGAGCAGCUGUGUGUGAGGAGGAAAAUGAUGCAUCCCAGCAUCUUUACAGUACACCAUGUUUCUUCAUUGCAGUUCCAUUUGUAUGCUGUUGUGAUAGGAUAGGGCUUUGUUUUAUUAUUGUACAUUAUUUUAAAGGUAUUCUUACAGAACAAACUAUAUAUUGUACCACUGCUCCAACUGUAAUCCCCUCCAUAUGUAUAUGCAUUAAGACAUCUCUUUUUGCUGUGAUCACUGGAGUUUUAAAGACUGUCAAAGUUUUUCUUUUCUGUCACUGGAAAUGUUUUGCCACUGACAACUGUGUUGUAUCACUGUUAACUGCCAUUGAAAAUUAACAUCCAUGAGUUUAUAGCUCACUUUUUUGCUGAUCACUAUGUCUGCCAUACUUAAUAUCAACCAUAAUUACUUUUUAGCAGCAAGUUCAGGCUAAAAUAUUGUAGAUGACACUGCACACAUUUUUGUUUUCUUUUGUAAUACUAUGAAUCUAUAUGUACACUGAAAUCAGUGUCACCUGAAAACAAAAAUACUUUUCAAUAGUUUUAUACACUGGAGAGGAGCCUCAGUGAAUCGUCGCAUCUCGUGUUAAGAAUAUACCUCAGUAGUGCACACUGGCAAAUCGUGGCUCUCUGCAGCGGAGCUUUGUGUUGAGGCCGCUGCAGUCGACUCUACUGCAUCUGAUUAAACACUGUACAGAGAGAGACAUACUUUGGAGUAUUUCUAUCUCAAUUGUGACACUGUAUGAAACAUCAAGAUGUUACAGAGAAUAAUUGUGCAAAUGACUACACUGAAAGCGUUCCUUAAGUGAAGGCACAUAUUUGAAAGACUCCCAAGUCAUGAUUAUUUUUAGCUGAUUCACUGGAUGACAUGUGUUAAGACUGGAGAAGUAAACAAAAUGAACAUGUAUAUACACUGACCAUUCUUACCAUCUGAUAGUGGAAAUGCAAGAGGUCCAACACUGACAAUAUUUCAAGAAACACUGGAAUAGCUUACACUGUAUUUUUGCUAACUGGACAAUGGUGGUAAGGUAAUAAGUGGCAUAAAUCAUUUCAGGUGCAUGCCCAAUCAUUUCUCUAAAAUGAUGCACCGUUGCUCAGAAGCUGCUUCAGCUUGGAAGAUCUAUUAUAUGUCAUGAUCAUAAAGCUGAAAAGAAGUUUAUGUACCAACGGUGCAGUGAUAAAAUUGGAUAUUAUACACUGGACUCUUUCAUGCUUUCCUCUAAAUGUUUAAAAUAUUUUUCCUGUGCCUGUACAACUAAGAAUAUGCAGUAAUAACACCUUUAAUAUGAAAUAUAUGGGGUUGUUUUUUUUGUAAAACCUUUUCUUGUCUCAGAAGAAUUCUUCACCAAAUUUCACACACUAUGCUUUAGUUGUGUUUGUUGAUGUUUGCUAUUAAAUUCAUAUUCUGUC